AUGGCCCUAAUCCCAGCCGACAGACCCCGUGAAACCUUCCUCCAACCUCCCGUCUUUGUCAUACACCCACUCGCUCACACUACCCUUCCAUCCGAACAUCCCGACGACGUCCCUGUGCCUGUCGAUCCCAAAACGCAGAUGAUGCCAAUUCUGCUACUCAUUCAAACUGUUGCCUAA